UAUCUCGAUAAACCGUGAAAAUGGAACGAAUAAUCAUAGCCGCCCUCCUGACAAUCUUUGUUUGCUGCUCGACCGCGUCGCCCGAUGAGCACAUUGUUAGUGGAUCUGAUGCUGGACAGUGUGAGUUUCCUCACAUGGCUUACUUAACAAUUAAAAUGAGAGGAAGUGAAACAUUCUGUGGUGCGAGUCUGUUAUCUGAUAAAUGGGUCUUGACUGCUGCCCAUUGCCUUUUUACUUUUUAUUCAGUCCAGGACGUUGCAGUUCUGGAAUUAACGAAACGAGCACCUCUCAGGGGAUGUAUUUCUCCAAUUACUCUCCCUAAUAAAGGAGAUACCUAUUACAGUACCUGUACAGCCGUUGGAUGGGGUCAAACUGGAACUAAUGGAAUCUUCCCAGACCAACUUCAGAAAGCUAAAAUUAAUGUAAUUCCAACAAGUAAAUGUCAAGAACAAGCAUCUGGCAUUACUGCUAAACAGCAUAUCUGCGUUGGAGAUAACAAAUUCAAGGGUAAAAACGUCUGUGGUGGAGAUUCCGGUGGUGGUCUCAUCUGCCGAAGGAAAUCCGAUAAUGCCUACGUCGUUGCUGGUAUUGCUUCCUAUGUUUUUGACUGCGACAAAGGAUUUGGAGUCUAUGCCAAUGUGGCCAAUUUCCUUGACUAUAUCAAAGGAUACAUGAGCUUGUAGAUUUUUUUGAGAAUAUAUCGCUGAUUAGAUGAGUUGGUGUUGAAAACUACUGAAGACUAAAUAAAUUAUAUAAAAAAAAAUA